ACAGUCAGCCUAUCACAGUUGGGUUUUAGUCUGAGAUGUGCCCCAUUGCAGCCUAUAAAUGUGAAGCCAAAACUCCAGAUCAACACGGGUUUUUUUUUGCAUAGGAAGUGACAGUGAGAGCUCAAUAACCAAAAUGGGGAAAUUAACCGACGGAGAGAUCAACCACAUUAAGGAUACUUGGGAAAAUUUGGAUAAGAAGGGGAUAACUGCACGUGCUCUUACAAGGGUGUUUGUUGUCUACCCCUGGACAACCAGGCUGUUUUCAAAGCUCAGGGGGAAAUUUGCUGCUGGUGACCCUGCUGUUCAAGAACAUGCAGAAAAAGUGGCGAAGGCUCUGGGUGACACAGUCAAAAGCAUUAAUAAAAUGGAAGAAGCCCUGGGCCCUCUCAGUGAGAGACAUCAGACAAUCGGAGUGGACACACAAAACUUCAGGAUACAACACGUGGACCCAGAGAGCCUAUGCUGCCAUUAACACCCAUGUGACCGAUCACCCACUAGCUGAUAUAUAUUUAGAAUGUGCGCGGAAAGUGGGGCAUCCAGAGGGAGCCAACGCAGUCGCAUACACCGGUGGAAAAGGUCAAUAAAUGUGUUCCCAGAUUGUUCCUGAAGGCUAACUUCUUAUUUUCAACCUGUGACCCCUGGCCCUAGAGACAUGCUGGUGAACAUCAUCCCUGCAUGAUUCUGUCAAUCCUGAGAGAAUUCCCUAGGGCCCAAUGGAAAUCCAAGCUUGGAAUUCAAGGCUACAACUUCCGAAGGUCUUACUAACAGCAAUCAUUUCUGUCCAUCAAUCAACACUGUGUAGUUAUACCAUUAUAGUUCUUCACAGAAUAUACCUGGGAUUAUGCUUGUAAACUCAUGUUGACACUCUGUCUUAAAAUGCAAUUAAAUCCAUAACAUUC